UAUGUUUUAGGUUACAUGUUACUACUUCAUAUUGUCUCUUAUGACUUUAUAUAUUUUUCUUUCAUUCUGCAGAAGCUAUUUUCCUUGGGUGCAGGAGACAGACAGCUGAUACAGACUCCUUUACAUGACAGCCUUCCCGUCACAGGCACUAGUGUGGCUCUUUUAUUUCAGCAAUUAGGAAUUCAAAAUGUCCUCAACCUCUUUUGUGCAGUCCUUACAGAAAAUAAGGUUCUCUUCCAUUCAGCAAGUUUUCAGAGACUUAGUGAUGCCUGUAGAGCCCUGGAAUCUUUAAUGUUUCCUCUUAAAUACAGUUAUCCUUAUAUUCCCAUUCUUCCGGCUCAGCUACUAGAAGUUUUGAGUUCUCCAACUCCUUUCAUUAUUGGAGUACACUCCAUCUUUAAAACUGAUGUUCAUGAGCUUUUAGAUGUAAUCAUAGCAGAUUUGGAUGGAGGAACUAUCAAAAUUCCUGAAUGCAUUCAUCUCUCCUCUCUCCCGGAGCCACUUCUUCACCAGACUCAAGCAGCUCUUUCUUUGAUUUUGCACCCUGAUUUGGAAGUAGCAGAUCAUGCUUUCCCUCCUCCACGAACAGCUUUAUCCCACUCAAAAAUGCUGGAUAAAGAAGUACGAGCAGUUUUCCUUAGGCUAUUUGCACAACUGUUCCAAGGAUAUAGGUCAUGCCUCCAGCUUAUACGGAUCCAUGCUGAACCUGUGAUCCAUUUUCACAAAACAGCUUUCUUGGGGCAGCGUGGCUUGGUUGAGAAUGAUUUCCUCACUAAAGUGCUCAAUGGAAUGGCAUUUGCAGGUUUUGUUUCAGAAAGAGGGCCUCCAUAUAGAGCCUGUGAUCUCUUUGAUGAGUUGGUAGCUUUUGAAGUAGAGAGAAUUAAAGUUGAAGAAAAUAACCCACUGAAGAUGAUAAAGCACAUCAGAGAACUUGCUGAGCAACUAUUCAAAAAUGAGAAUCCAAACCCUCAUAUGGCAUUCCAGAAGGUUCCACGCCCAACAGAAGGAUCCCACUUGAGAGUUCAUAUUCUUCCUUUCCCAAAGAUUAAUGAAGCCCGGGUUCAGGAACUAAUGCAGGAAAAUCUUGCUAAGAACCAGAAUGCACCUCCUGCUACACGAAUAGAAAAGAAAUGUGUGGUACCAGCAGGUCCACCUGUUGUUUCUAUAAUGGAUAAAGUGAUAACAGUUUUCAACAGUGCACAGAGACUGGAAGUUGUUAGAAACUGCAUCUCUUUUAUAUUUGAAAAUAAAACUUUGGAAACUGAGAAGACCCUUCCUGCUGCCUUGAGGGCCCUUAAAGGAAAAGCAGCCAGACAGUGUCUCACUGAUGAACUGGGUUUGCAUGUCCAGCAGAACCGGGCAAUAUUGGAUCAUCAGCAGUUUGACUACAUAAUAAGGAUGAUGAAUUGUACUCUGCAGGAUUGCUCAAGUUUAGAAGAAUAUAACAUUGCUGCAGCACUACUUCCUCUUACCAGUGCUUUCUAUAGGAACAUUAACUGAAGCUGACAUCAGCAUUUGCAGAUGCCCAAGUGUAAGCAUGAGAAAUCAGCCCAACAGGAGUGGAAUUUGAAUCCUAAGAAAGGAUUGAGAUUUUCAGAAAUUAUCUGGACAACAUCACUUUUUUUAGAACUAGUAAAGUUUAAAUUUUACAGAAUAACUUGUUUUGUGUUUGUAAGGGAGUUGUACUGCUGUGAAACAAGCAGUUACUUGUUACUACGACAACCAUAUGCUCAGUUUGAGUAGCUUUGUAUUUUAAAGCUUGAAUGUGAUAGUACAUUUUAGAAUUAUCACAUCUCUUGUGUGCAAAAUAAUGUUCAUGGUUACAGUAUAAUACAUCUUUAGGUACCAGUGCUAUGCAAUAAGACAUGUUUCCAAAUACAGAUCUUAUGUUACUUAAA